UCUGUCAUAAAAUGACAUGAAUGAAGAAAGCGCGAAUAUUUAAAAUUGUAUUUAUUGCGGUAGACAACAAUACGUUAAUUAGUUGUAUGCUUAGUUACAAUGCUCUAAGUAAAUAAAUAAAUAAGUUUUAUAGACUGCUCUUAAGGAUACUGUAGAGUGUUUAAAAAAUAUUCUAUACAAAAGUGGUGUUUUGACAGAUAACCUAAAAGAACCGUGAUUAUAUCAGCGUUGUAAAUAAUAGGAUAAAAGAGACUUUUCACACAGUGUAUAUUUAAUUAAAUAAUCAAUCAUGCAGCUGUUGAUACAAGCUAGUCCGUUGAUAGAUAAAUUAAAACAUUGGCACCGAGCUAUAUCUUUUAAUGAAGUCCAGUUAACAACUUCUCAGAAGGUUGUACUAUGGAGCUUAGGAGUUGUAGGUACAAGUGCUGUAGUAGUUGGUGUACUGUCAAGGUAUUUAGCCAGGCGACGAGCUAAACCUAUAAUAAACCCUCGGAUUCAAAGAGCCAUUAAUAAAAGAAUCUCCCGAAUGAGAAGUCCGAACGGAGGAAUGGGAUCGGUAGCUAGUAGUGGUGGGCGUAGCAGUCCAUUGGGCUUUAGUGAACGAUUGUCCCUUGCGUCAGGAUCCAUUGGUUCAGGGGCUGGAGACGCUGCGCCGUUAUCACCUCAGCAACUUGGCGUUAUGGGUAUGGAGGCAUUAGAAACAAGUAUAAACUACUGGGAGGACGCGCUGGCCGCGUUUUCGUUAGGGGCACGAGGAGGAGUAUCGGGCACAUUGGCUCUCACCUCGCCAGAGGAGGCAGAGUUCUGCAGGGAAAUACAGGACUUGCUUCAAGACGCUUAUCUUUUACAGGAACGGUGCGAGCUGUUGUUCCUGGACCAGCGGUCGGUGUUGUUCAGGUCGGAGAGUGGCGGCGGCGCGGGCGACGACGUGACGCCGGCGCGCCGCUCGCGACUACUCUCCACACAGACAGCCUCCUCACACACGCGGAGAGAACAUCACUCUAGCGCAGAAUCCUUCGCCUCCGCAGAAGACCAGGUUGCUGAUCUACGAGACUUUGAUGAUUUAACAGAAGCAUUACCAGAAUUAGAAAACUUGGAAUUAUACCAGGCAGCUGUAAAACAAUUGGAAGUCGGCAUUCCUUACAGGACGCUACGCACAGAGGUGGUGCAGUGCAGUACAGACUCGGAGUUCCUGUGCAAGUUGCACUGUCUGCGCCAGGCCUUCACGCAGGUGUUCAAGGACGCAGCUAUCUGGGCCUGGUUCGUCGACGCCGGCAGACAAGUGCUCACUGAUCUACUUCUCUUCGCUGACAAGGAACCAAAGGAAUUUCUGGUGGCUUACGAAGAAAUGGUGUCUUGGGCGACAGAUGCAGCCAAUUGGAUAACAAUAGAAACUGAACUUACGACUAAAGGUGUUAAGGCCCUAACAUUCUAUGACGUGGUGUUGGACUACAUACUAUUAGAUGCAUUUGAAGAUCUCGCGUCACCACCUUCCUCAGUCCUUGCUGUAGUUCGCAAUCGAUGGUUAUCAGACGGAUUCAAAGAGAGUGCGUUGACAACGGCGGUGUGGUCAGUUAUAAAGGCAAAGCGGCGCUACCUCCAGUUCCCCGAUGGUUUCAUGGCACAUUUUUAUUCUAUAUCAGAGCAUUUGCUGCCAGUCCUCGUAUGGGGGUUCUUGGGCCCUAACGAACGUCUUCGCGAUGUUUGCGAGUCCUUUCAGUCAGAAAUUGUAGGUUUUAUAUCGGACCUAUUUAACUUCCAGAAAUGUCGCUACACUAACGUAGAUGAUCUAUCUGCUGACAUAAUGCAACACGCAAGAUUACGUUCUGCUAAUAUUACUGACAAAUUAGCUGAAAGAAUAUAAAUCACACCGCGCUAUCGCUGGACGUAAUAAUAGUCUUUCCACGUAAUGCGCAUUUAAUAAGUAUUUACCAUUUUACCUCGAUAUUUAAUGCGAUUUGUUCUUUAUUUAUAAAUAUUUCUCUUCGCAUUUAAAAUGUUUAAGAACAAUGUCUGGGGUAUAAUAUUAAUGUAAGAGAAGCUAGUAGAAGUUAUUUGUGAAGAAAUGCUUACAGCAUAAACCUAGGCCUAAGUUUGGUUGAUAUUAACAAACAAUAAGUAGAAGCCAGCUAGACACGCUACUUUUAGUAUCGCGUCAAUAAGCUUCCAAAUAGCAAUAACCAAUCAGGCGACGCUGAACAGUGGUGUCUAUGCCUGGAACUAGGAAUUAGUUAGGUACAUGGAAUAUAACAUUCCUAGGGUAAUUUGGUUUAUUUAGUUUUUUUGUUAUAGUAAUAUGGCACAACGUUUCUUAGAGCUCAAAUCCUAUAGAAUUUUACAUCCUUGUAUUAUAGUCUUAAGAAUAAAGUGUUCAUCGAUCAAUUUGCCACUAUCUUAACUGCCGAAUUAUGGCAGUUUGUAUUUGAUAAUAAUUUUCAGUAAAAUUAUAGUUUAUUAGUUUUGAAAUACGUUUGAUAGCGAGCUUUUGAGUUGGUGGGGGCUAACGUUGUAUUGCUCACCAUAUGGUGCUAAUGUAGGAAGGUUUAUGUUGUCCUAUCACAGCAACUGUCAAAUAUUGAACGUCCAAUGGUGACACUAGCCAACUCUCUAUCGGACGAAGAACCAGAGCUGCACACUAGGGCCAUCUGUUGAGCAAAAAUACGGUAGUCCCCAUUGAUCAAUCGUGUAAUCAAAGAAUCCAUUGUUCUGGUCUGCUUGCUAGUACUAAUCCCUGCAUUUUGUGCUUUUACCAUAGAUUGAAAAUAUGCAUUCCAUUAUGGAAGUUUGUACGUAUGUUGGACAGAGUCCAAUAAUGUAGAGGAAUCUCUGCAUGACCGCAGUCAUAGUUAUAAAACAAUGCGCGUCAUCUAAAUAUCCACUCCUUGAUAGAAAAUGUGUAGUUGUACAUAUAUUCAUGUCUCAUCAGUGUGAUGAACACCUGUCGGUACGAGCUUGAGUGGAUGGAAUCUCUGUCUAGUUUAUACGUACAGUUAGGUACUAAACGUAUUAUGGUAUCAUGUUCAAUCAUAUUAAUCCAUUUCAAGUCUUGUGUAUCGAACAUUGCAACUAGGAACUCGAUAAAAUAUUUUUAUCUUAUGAAUUAAUUUAAAUUAUUUUGCAUUUGCGACGGCAUUCGCUGUGUUGUUAUAUUUAAAUCAAGUGUAUUAUUUAUCGUGUUAAUUGUAAAUAUAGAAUUGGUUACCUACAGUACACAAGUUUUAUUUGAAAUUCAGUGUUCAUUUGACGCGUUUGAUACUGAAGUAAUUUUGUUUUGUGAAAAAAGAAUUAUGAAUAAAAUAUGCAAAUUAGGUUAAGAAAUAAAACGCUUCUAUAUUAGAAAAUUUAGUAUAUCAAUUUUCACAAUUAUAGCCAUACGUCUAUGAUAUAAAAACAAAUGUGUAAACAUAAAUCUUUAAUUACAAAUUCAACGAUAAUACUUCCCCAAGGAGUAAGCACCAAUUACGUUUAAAGAUUUUUUAAUCUGCAGAUAAGUUAUUGUGAAGCAUCACUCGCUAGCCUCUAGUAAAUAAAAUUAAAUAACAUAUUUAUAGUCUUUUAAGUAAUACCUGCAACGAGAAUAAUUUUAUAAUACUUUCAGUUUACUUAAAAGGUGAACGAGUGAUGACCUAAUUGUUUUAUGUCGGAUCCGCCGACAAAAUAAACUUUAAAUUUUGCAACAUGGAAAUAAAAUCCUAUAUCACUGCGAUAUCAUAUUUCGGAUCGCUAAUAUUCAAGUCACGUUUACUAAAACCGUUUAGAAUAAGAAAGCCUGGCAACCAUUUAUUCGAAAAUAACGUUAGUGUAAUAUAUUUUAGGACUCACUACAAUAAUUAUUUGGUUUAGUGCACAGCAAGUUUAUUUAAAAGCUCUAAUAGU